GAUAUAUCUUCUUCAUAAAGAACAGACCAGGAGAUUCCAGCUGCUCACAUGUUUCAAAACCUCUUUCAUCAUGUGACCUCGAAGAAGUAUGUUUUCAUUGAAUGAGAGUCCUGGAAAGUGUAAACUUGAACAUUGACUGUACUCUGAGUCUGAGGAAAUGUUUUCAUAAAACAACAAGCAUGUACCAGCACAGGCGUAUCUGAUAACCGGAGAUCCUUGCUGUAUAGUGUCCUAAAUUCAUUCAAAAACACACUCAAGAUGGAAGGUAUUCCACCAGCAGAUCUUGGCAAACUUGUCAAUGCACAGCAAAUCGGGGCUGGUUUUAGGACAGCCAUUCAUACCCCCAGACCUACAAUCCAUACUCUGGGACAACAGCCUAACUUAAGAGUUGACAGGAUGGAAUGCAAUAACAAUUUGAAGUCCACUGGUCAGGAAAAUGGGGGGUACUACAAGCAAGGAAUUUGUUCUGAGAGUGGUUUUGAUUCAAGGAAGGAGGAUGUCCCUGGCUUAGAGUGUCCUAAUCAUGAAAGAUGGUUUCAUUUUGAGCAAGAAGAACCUCCGAAACAAGCUCGUGUUAACUGUAAAUCGAAUGGAGGAUCCAUGAAGGAAAAGAGUUCUGGAUUUAUGGGGAACAUGUCCAGUGAUGGUUGUAGUUCAGAGGAAAGUCUGCAGACUGAUGAUAAAGACAGAACCAAGGAAGACAGGAGUUCUUCGUCCUCACUCAGUUGUGCAAACUCUGCCUACAGCUCCUCAGCAAGCACUGACAAUCAUUCACUCCCAGCUCAAUCAGACCUUUCUACUGCCAGUACCAUGAUGUGCCCCCAGCCUCUGUUUGACUGUAAUCCAUCUCUACUCUCAUCCCUGCCCCCACAGCCAUUGAGACCUGAUUCUACAGGCCUAAUUUCUUUAAAGGAAAAGUCAAGGAAGACAAACCUCUUGAAAAAUGCUUUUUAUUAUCCAGAUACAAUCAUUUGGUCAGACACCAAGAAGUGUGUGGUACAGUGGAACAAGGAAGGAAAGCUUGGCUUCACCAUAAAGAAUAAGAAGGGACAAGAUGGAAGUGAAGUCUAUGCCAUGGUUACCUCUUUCAUCGGCCCCUCAGCGAAAUCAAGUGGACUGGAACUAGGAGACCGUGUACUGUCUAUCAAUGGUACACCCAUUCAUCAACAAGCAGCAGCUGGAAUAUCAGCAAGUGAAGUUUUCAAGAAGCAGAGCCGAGAUAGUCCAGUCUCUAUCAUCAUACAGAGACCACAAAGUACAAGAGUGAGAAGUAUUGCCAAUUCUGUGAAAUCUUCUCUGAAAACAGUGUCUAGACAAGGUAGCUUCAGAGAUACCUUCGAAAAUGAUGACAGGCCAAUGAUGCGAUUACCUGAUCUGAGAUUGGUCAUUAUGGGUAGCAAUUCAGAGAACGUGGCAGAACAGUUGGUUGGAUCUGAGAUUUGGUCUGGGAGACAGGAUGGCCCUAUCAGCGAAAGAUGCUGUGUGAAAAUACAGAAAAAAGACAGAGUCUUUGAGUAUCUGUCUUGUAAGUCUCACCAAGUCAUGGACGUCUUGAAAUCACUUGAAAACCAGAAAGACUGCCAUAACGGAUCAAACAGCAUUCAUGGUUCAUUGGCUGUCCCAGAGUGUGUGGUUUUGGAAGUGGUGGUGGUGAAGGAUUCAAGAUUUGCCGAUUAUUGCAAUCAGUUGGUAAUGACAUCCCAUUCCAUGUACAUUGUUGAAUUUGAUGGGCAAUCAUUCCUUCAAGACACCGAAAAACAUGUGAGGGAACUCCAAGGAAAGCUGAAUAAGAUUAGGACUUAUGCUGGUUCAGAGUCCCCGGUUUAUCUUACUUCAAGCUGGCAGCAUUUGUAUGCAGACACCUUGGAGUCGGUCAAGAACAUUGGUACGCAGCUACAGCAGAGGUUUGAGGAAGCAUUUGGAGGACAGCUCCAGUACCAUGAGAACUGUCCAUGCUUCAUGCUCAGCAGGGCAUCAUCAUCUCAGGUGCCUCCAUGCAGUCAAUGCCAGCACCUAGAUGGAAGGGUUGACUUGACUGUAAGGCAGGACCAGGUUGCAUCCUCAGUUGUGAAGUUCUGCAGUCAGAGUUCCACAUCCACUACAACAUCUUCCUCAUCUGUGCUUUCAUCUUUGAACUCCUGCUCCACCUGCUUCAGUGACUGUGGCCCUGAGGCUUGCCUGAAUCUUCUGAGAGAGCACCUUUCAAGAAAUGUCUUUGAGCAGAGGUUCUUGACAAGAAAGAACUAUCCUCAGAAGUUCCUGUCCUUCAGGGAUAUUGUGAUUGGACUGAGGGAUCAGAAGCAGAAGUGUAUAAUGACAUCAGGAAUAAAGAAAGAAUGUGGAGUUAGUGACAGUGAAGAACUGACUUCUCUCCUGGAGUACCUACACAGACAGGGAGUUAUAAUCUUAUCAGCCAAUGAGAAAGAUGAACCGCAUCGCUCCUUUGUGGCUCUGAACCCUGAAGACCUCGUCCACACCUGCCAGCGUCUUCUUCAAGUCCCAGACGUGAGUCAUCAAGACCAAUCUUUACGCCAGCACUGGAAUGAACUCAAGACAAAGUCUGUCCUGACCCAACCUCUUCUGACCCAUCUCCUUGGUAUGGAGUCUGAUGCAGCAUGCAUCACAGCGUGUCUCCAGCAACUCAACCUGAUCCAUGACUACUCCGCGCUGCCACCAGGUUCCUGCCAUUUCUCCUGUGACAGUCCAAGAACAGGGAGAAGAAGCUCUCAGCAAGCCCAGUAUCUCUUGCCCUACCAUAUAAACAACUUGGUGUCUCGUGGUUCAACUUCCUGCAGGGACCUGUCAUCAGAGAGAAUCCUCCUUGCUGACUUUAAGGGGUACAGCCCUCACGGUCUCUUCUCGAAGCUUGCAAUCGAGCUAGGUGGAGUAGCCAGUGAGAGGGAUGGAACCUUUGAGCUUAUAAGUGAAACAUCUUGGAACUUUAACAUGGGUGGCAACUAUACUGUGUAUAUGAGGGAUGAUCCAAGCAGGUGCAUGGUGAAAUUUAUCAUAGUGUGCAACAAAGGCUUUUUAUUGCAGAAUGUCCUUAUUGCCAUACACACUGCUAUACUGAAGGUGACGAGAUCCAAUGACUGCUUCUCUCUUGGGCCACCAUGCCCCAUGGAUCAUAGAUGCAAGUUUCAGCGGGAGAUGGGUAGCCUUGCCUUUCCGCACAUCAUUGACCUGUCAAAGGAAUCUGGAGAGCGCCCUCUCUGGUGUGGAGAUGAAGAUGUACGCAAGUUCAAGAAUGUUAGACAGUGGAUUGUCUCCCAAGGGAAACAGAAGAGAACAGCCCUGAAGUCAUCUGGGAUGAUACUCCAUAAGGACACAACAUACGCUCACCUUCCUUCUGAUCUCAUUCAACUGGUUUGUAACAAGAUGAAUCUAUCCAAUAGCAGGGGCAGGGAUUGGAGAGGAUUAGCAGGUCAACUAGGUUACUCCACCUCUGAUUUGAAGCUCUUUGAAGAGGCUCUAUCACCGCACCAGUAUUACUAUGACCCCUGCAGCCAUCUCCUCGAGGACUGGGGUAAGUCUGGGAACGCUACCCUGGGGAACCUGAUCAGCAACCUCGAACAACCCAAUCUCAAUCGCCAGGAUGUCAUCCUAGAGAUCAAGACCAAAUGGAAAAUUGUAGACAACUAGUCUUCAAUUUAACCUGUUGACUACUGAAUUAUCUCAUUCCCAUAGGCUUUACACAGGGACCACCCGGUUCCAGUAGGCAAUGGGUUAAUAAUAGGUCAUUUAGGUCAUUCAUCCCACCGCUGCCACCAUAUAACGUGGGGUUGUUAGCUGUAUGAUUAGUACUGACAUGAAGACACCAUAGAGAAACAUCAGAGUUAGGUUUCAAUCCAGCAUGCCUGGUUAUAUUGGGUAUAGAAGAGCCCACACACCACAGUGUACAUUAACUGUGUGUAUGUGUGUAUAGCAUGUAGCAUUGAGUCAAUGUAUAAGAUCACAUAUAACUGGAGGCUUAUACUUCAGAAUACUAUUCCCAAUGAUGCAUGGUUAUGUGUCAGUUAUGCCUCAUUAACCUCAAAAAAAGUUAUAAGUUUCUUGGCAUUUGCCCAUUGAGGAUAUCCAUUUCUUUAUCAAGAAAUGUUCUCUCACUGUGAUGUCAGGAAAAAAAAAAGGAUUAUGAAAUCCUAUAUUUGAUUAAGCAAUAACUUAGUGAAUUAGUUUGAUGACUGGUCAAAUCUUUGGUAAAUGGUAAUUCUAAUUUUGAAAAAUGUAUCCUUUCACUUGAAGUGCUUAUUUGAACUCUGAAGCCAAGUUUAAGUUUGUUCCAAGAGACAUUAUCAUACAUCAGAAUGAGUACCCUACACUUCUGUCAAAAACCCUGUCAUGAUUUCCAUGCAGUUCUCAGUAGCUGUGUGACAUCAUCACUUCCCUUGCUAACCUUUGACCACCUAAAGGAUAUUACUGCAUGUCACAUGGUUUGAUCCUCCAUUGUCAAGCAAAAAACAACAACAAAUCCAAAAAGCAAAGCUCUCAGAAAAAUAUAUGUCAUGUGCAUUUUGCAAUAACAUUAAGACAGCAUCACUUCCCUUGCUAUGCUUCAUCACUUCCCUUGCUAACCUACCUUUAAGGUUAGCAAGGGAAGUCUAAUAGACUAACAGGAUUUGUACCUCUUUUGUGUAAAAAAUGUGAUUGCAUGUAUUAGGGUUUGUUUUUUCAUUGUUAUGCCAACAUAACAUUGCACAUUACAUCAUUUUGCCCAAAAUAAUGAUCAACAGAUUCAUCUGUAUCAAAUAUUCUUUUUAUUUUAACCAUCUUGAUAAAUACAAUGAACUUUAGCAGUACUGAAACUGUAUUUUGUUUAAAAUAAAUCUGUCACAACUUGUAUAAUUAUUUUUUAAAUGUUUGUUAGGGAGCAUGAUAUGUAUCAGAAUCCUGACCUAACUUGCAGUAUGUGCUUAUACACUUCAUUAAGUAAUGUCUUGAUUUAUAGAAAAGACAAUCAUUCAUUCUUAUACAAAAUGUAAUUCAGAAGCUGUCAUCCAAAUGUUUUAUUGGGAAUGAAAUCAAUUUGUUGCGAUAUAUACUAUAAAAUGUAUGCUGUAUGGUUGCAAUUGAUCUAAGUUUGUGCCUCAAGUCUAUCAUAUUUUUCUUUUGUGCUUUUUCCUUCACUCAGCAUAUGUGUGCUAUAUAUACAUGUGUAUAUAAACAAAUAGGGGUAUGAGAAAGUGAUAACACUCUUUUAAAGUAUUAAUUCCACUCUAGCUGGUUUGAUGUCCUUUAUUAAAAGUCCAUCCUAGCUUCAGAUGGGUUUGAAUACAGCUAAUAUGUGAGAGAAAUAGCUGACCAUUGAAUCUUCAGGAAAAAAAUCUUAUAAAAGAUGAGCAAUUUUUGUUCUUUAAAGAGAAAUUGCAGUGUUGAUGAUGAAUGUACAAAUUGACAACACCGUGAUGUCGUUUGUGAGCCACUUUCCUUUAAUCAUCACAAAAUUUGACAGAUUCUCUCUGAAGAAAGUUAUAUCUCCUACUUGUGCCUUAGGUGUAUCUUUGAAAACAUGUUUAAAUGCAAUUAUCAACAAACAAGAAGAAAGAUAUUUUGUGUGCAAUGCACCAUGAAACUAGCUUGCAAAGGAAGUUAUCAAAUUGUUACUUUGUUUCAUGAUCUUCAAGGUUCUUAAAGGUAUAGUUGAGUUUUGUUGCAGAGGGCACUCCACAAAAUAUUUUUUGUGAGAUAAACCGAGUGUCAAAUUUGAAAGAACAUACAAUUUAAAUGACAAAAUCAUCUUUGUUUGAUCAAAAUCGGUUCAGAGACGGCUAAAAUAUCCAUCAAUUUAACCAUUUCUAAUAUUUCUGUUUUAUUCAAUUAUCUUGAUUUCAGGAUUAACUGACUGUAAAUAUGUAUUGGUUUGCUACAUCUUGCCAGAAUUUAUCAAACAACAUGUAUAUGUUUUAAUCAUGUAUAUAAUAAUAUAAAUAUAUAUUUUUCAUCUUAUGUUAUGUUAAAUGUGUUAAUUGCUAUACUGUAUUAUACUGAUAUGUACUUCAUCAAUGCAAAGAUUAUGUAUUUUGAUAUAGAAGCCCUGCUCAGUGAUGAAUCUAUGCCUAGGCCAGGGUGAUGCUACUUCCAGGGUUGCCACAAGCAGAAAGUUUUCUGUUAACAUGGGUGAGACCAUACAAGAAAAUGCCUCCCCCCCCCCCCCCCUUUUUUGUUAUGCCUCCGCCACACAUUAGUACCAGAGGCAUUAUAUUUGCGGGUUGUCCGUCCGUCCGUAAUUAUUCUUGUGAACGCGAUAACUUAAGAACGAAUUGAGGUAUCAUAGUUAAAUUUGGUGAGAGUAUGUAUGACCUUGUAAAGAUCACCUGAUUGGAUUUUAUGGUAAAGAAGUCAAAGAUCACAGGUCAAUUUAAAUGUGCUAAGAUAUUCUGAUCAUGAGGCAUAUUUUCGACUGCACAGGGUCAAUUUUUUUUCUAGUUUUUUAAAGAACUGAUCUAAUUGUACCAGUAAUAGACAGUAUUCUGUAAGUACAGUCAAAACAUACUUUGUACCUUUAAACGUGUACACAAUGCAGAGUCUGUAUUGUGUACAUGUUUAAAGGAACAAGUAUGUUUUGACUGUACUUUCCAAUUAACAGUGUUAAACAAAUAACUCUUACUUCUUGUCAUGGCAAAUACAUAAUUUCUUUUUCACAACUCUUCAAUAGACUUGAAUUUGCAUGAUCCUAAUAUAUAACCGUGUGUCUUGUAUGGAGUAGAUAUAUACAUGUACAUGUGAACAUACAGGAGUAGAAUCAAUUUAUGAUGAUCUAAGUUAUAGAUUAACUGUAUUUUUGCUUUCACUAUAUAUCUACAUGUAUAUCCAGAAAAAUCAUUUUGGUAACACAAACCUGUGAAAAUAUGCUGUACAUAUUGCAAUAUCAUGCUGAAAUAUGUAAGUUUGAAUGGUAUGAACCAUAUUAAACUAUAUUUAGAAGUA